AUGAAGCUCACCGCAACCACCAUCAUCUCCCUCCUCGCGAGCACCGCCCUCGCCGCUCCCACCGACCUGUCCUCCGACAGCAACACCCCCUCCGCCGUCUCCCCAGACGCAUCACUCCCCACGGAAAUCCACCUCGCCGACAUCUUCUCCGACCGCCAAGUCGCCGUCCUCAAGGUCCUCUCCUCGCACAAGCAAGACCUCGGGCUCAGCGAAAAGGAGGCCGAGAUCCUCGACACCUUCAUGAAGGCCCUCCUGGACAAUGUCAGCAUCAACGUCAAGCAGCAGGCUCCUCCUGCUGAUGGCACGAACAUUACUACUACUACUACUACUACUACUGCUACACCUCCUGCGAAUGUGACGGGUGGAAAUACGCCUGUGCAGGGUAACGGCACUUUGAUCGAUCCGUUGAACGGCAUCAACGUGACUGCGCUUGGGGGUCUGCUGGGAUCUGCCCCGGGGACUCCCGCAAAUGUGACGGGGGCUGCGGCGAAUGCGACGGCGACGGCGUUGGCUAUCUUGAAGGCUAUCCCUGGGUUGGCGAGCUUGCUGGGCGGAACGACGGCGGGUGGUUUGGGAGGACUGACGGGCGGUCUUGGUGGUUUGACGGGAUCUGGAGGAUUGACGGGACUUGGUGGUUUGAACGGGCUGACUGGUGGCUUGGGAGGGCUGGGAGGACUCGGAGGACUGGGCAGUCUUGGAGGUCUAGGUGGACUGGGAGGCCUUGGUGGUUUGGGUCCUUUGGGAGGGUUGUUUGGAGGGCUGCGUCGAGGCGGGCUUCUUGGAGGAAUCCUCAUUCCCGGCAUUCUGUAG